UCCUCGUCUCCAGCGGGUGUGAGGGGAGAGCGGGGAGAGCCAUAGACAGCAGCCUGCUGGUAAUAGAAGCGGACACCGGAGCGGGGAGGAGAGCGGGCCGGCGCCAUGUCUAUGGAGGAUCCGUUUUUCGUGGUGAAGGGGGAGGUGCAGAAAGCAGUGAACACGGCCCAAGGCUUAUUUCAGAGGUGGACUGAUCUCCUCCAGGACCCCUCCAUUGCUACUCGAGAAGAACUGGACUGGACUACCAAUGAGCUGCGCAAUAACCUGAGGAGCAUUGAAUGGGAUCUGGAAGAUCUUGAUGAGACCAUCAGUAUUGUAGAAGCCAAUCCCCGCAAGUUCAGUCUGAAUCCUGCAGAGAUGCGGCAGAGAAAAGCUUUCAUCAGUGAAACGCGGCAGUGUGUUAAGGAAAUGAAGGAUCAGAUGACCACUCCAUCUGUUCAAGCCCUAGCGGAAAAAAAGAACCGGCAGGCGCUCUUAGGAGAAGGUGCAAGACCAGGCUGGAAGUCAGAACCGGACAAAUACAAUAAAUUGGAUCAGGAGAUCCAAACGGCCAACACGCGGUUUCUUGAUGGACAAGUGACGCAACAGCAGAUGAUUGUGGAGCAACAAGAUGAAGAGUUACAGUUGGUCUCUGGCAGCAUUGGCGUGCUGAAGAAUAUGUCACAACGCAUUGGCAAUGAGCUGGACGAGCAGGCAGUGUGAGUGUCUACAGGGUUUGGAGAUACGA